CAGGAGCCCUAAUGUCCCGCUAGCGGGCAACGGAGGCUGCCGCCCUCGUGUGCCUAAUGGCGGGUGAGAGCCUCUUGAGAGCUGGCAUAUUGGAGCUAUUGAUUUUCUCCAGGAAGAUCAAGAUGGGGUGCGUGGGCACAGCAGGCACGCUGCACUCAGAAGGGCAGCGCCUUCCUCCUGGGCCUGAGGCCCCACAGCAAGGGGAGGGAGCUGUGGGUGGGGAGCUCCGUCGGCCCGAUGCUGCCCCCCAUGAGAGGUACACUGGCCGCAGAUGCUGCAGAGACGAGCAUCCAGACGGCUCUGGGCAUGGUCACAGGCAGGCCCCCAGCGCCCGAGUCACAGGAUGGCGGGAAAACCCAGGGCCUUGGGGCAGCAGCAGCGUGCUUCUGGGGAAGCAGGUCACCCCGCUGAGGCUUUCUCCGCAGGAGCGGGGGAAGGACCAAGGUUCAGGCAGCCACAGCUCCCGCCCCGCCAGCAUCCAGAGGCUCCCGCGUCCCGGCUCCUGGCCGCUGCCUCCAGCUCCAAAGCCAGCAGCGUGGCCUCUUCCAUCCUCUCAGCCUCCUGCCUCCCUCCAACAAGGAUCCGCCAGUGUACAGGACAGCAAGGCUGGUAACCGAGCAAGCUGGGGACCACCUGCGCCCGAAGCCUGAGCUCGCCAUUUCCCGCCGCCCGCGCCCUUCAGGGCAGAACACAGGGGCCCAGGGGCCCUUCUGGGUCCUCCACUGAAGUUCCCUCGGGGUUCCUGCUGACGCCAUCCCUGCUAAGACCAGCAAGGUGGAGGCUGCAGUGCCAGACCCCAGGCUGGAUUGGCUCCCACCCUUCCCUCCGCAGACCCCGGCCAUUGCACGGCAUGCGGCAGAGGGCACUGCAGUCACUGCCAGGAGCGGCAGAACCCCCAUCCUCUGCAGAUCUGGCCCUGAGGUUCUGAGCACACCAGGGCGGACGCACCCAGGGCGCCAGGCUGGAAGCUCCCCAGAUCGCCAGCGCCUGCUGCCCCGGAGGCCCCAGAAGCGUGGGACAUGCGGAGAUGGCCGCCGGUGUGAUCCGGACCCUGUGCGACUUCCAGCUGCCCCUGCUGCGCCACCACCCCUUCCUGCCCUCAGAUCCAGAGCCCCUGGAGACUUCGGAGGAGGAGGAGGAGGAGGAGGAAGAGGAGGAGGAGGGGGAGGAGGAGGGCGAGGGGCUGGAGGGCUGCAGCCAGAUCCUCCUGAGCUCAGGCCGGGCAGAGGCCGCAGAGGAGGCAGCCCCUCAGGGUCCCAGCAGCCCCGAGAUGCCGCUGCAGCUGCUACGCUUCUCAGAGCUCAUCAGCGACGACAUCCAGCGGUACUUUGGCCGCAAGGACAAGGCGCAGGACCCAGAUGCCUGCGACGUCUACGCUGAGAGCCGCCCAGCCGGCAGCACUGCCCGGGAGCUCUACUACGCGGACCUGGUGCGCCUGGCCCGCGGCGGGUCCCUGGAGGAUGAGCGCACCCCGGAGCCUGGGGUCUCCCAAGGGCAGGUGUGCAGGCUGGGCCUCCCCGGGGACAGGGCACAGCCCCUGGGACCCCUGGCCGAGCUCUUCGACUACGGGCUGCAGCAGUACUGGGGGUCCAGGGCGGCGGCCGGCUGGAGCCUGAGGCUGGAGCGGAAGUAUGGCCACAUCACCCCCAUGGCCCAGAGGAAGCUGCCCCCGUCCUUCUGGAAGGAGCCGGCCCCCAGCCCCCUGGGCCUGCUGCACCCGGGCACGCCUGACUUCAGUGACCUGCUGGCCAGCUGGUCCGCCGAGGCCUGUCCUGAGCUGCCCGGCAGGGGAACCCCAGCCCUGGAAGGGGCACAGCCAGCCGAGGCCUAGCGAGGCACUGGGGUCGGAGUCAGCUGGUGGUAGCGGGGCCGCCCCUGAGGCACUGGACUCUCCUCCCGUCCUCCUGGGAAGAGCCUCCUCCAUCCCUCACAGCUGCCACAGAGCAAACCCAGAGGGCACCAGGGCCGGGCUGCAGUGGGAGCAGCAAGGGUGGUGCCCAGACCUGGACACGCCCUGGCCUUCAGCCCCAGCAGAGCCCCUGGAGGGGCACAGGGAUCCCCAGAGCCCAGCCCACAGAAGAGCUCAGGGGGAUCCACCCACCAGGACCCCCAGGGGAGGCUGAGGGGCCAGUCCCAGAGAUUCCAGGUCAGCAGCAAAGGGCAAUGGAGGACAGAGCCCUCCGAACCAGCCUUCCCACUGCCUGCCACCCCACAGAGCCCUAGGGCUGAGCGGCCCAGAACCUGCAGCCCCUCCCCUGAGCCCCCCGACAGCAGGUGGCAGGGCCGGCGACCGCAAGAUGAGCGACGGCCUCCUUGGAGAGGCAGGAAGAGGGGCCCACUGCCCAACCAAAAGAGCAAACAAGGGCUGUCUCCUCCACAGAUGCUGGAAGGUUCUUCCACUGCAGGGUGCUGGGCUGGAGUGGCUCUGAGGCAGAGCCAGAGAGCCCCAGGCCAGGGAGCUUCCUCGGGUCCUCCUCACAACCCGGGCAGGGUGGCUCAAUGGGGGUCCUGGCGGGGGCAGGCCUAGGUGCUUCUGGACAGGCCCCAGCCCAGCCCCUUCCACCCCGGGGGGCUCUGGCAGCCCUAGGGGGCCUGGCAGGGAAGGAGAGGGGCUGCUGAAGUGCUAGGAAAAGCAACAGCCUGAAGCCAGGCUGGGCUUGGGCAGGACAGGAAGAGUUGUGGGGCUCAAGAGACUGGCUCCCUCCAGCCUUGGGCACCCCCGCUGCCCGGGGCCUCACCACCCCUCUCACCCCACAGGCCCUGGGCAGGCUGUUCGCUGGCACGCAUCGGGGAACCUCAGCUCUAAUGAGUACAA